CCUACUUUUGGAGGUGUGCUCAUUUACCACAGCCCCUCCUACAUGAGUCAACCUGCUCUCCUUCCUUAUGACCCCCUCAGCAUUUUGACUGCUGCUGCCAUUUUUUCUCUGCUGCCUGCUCCUUCACAGAUCACAAGCAAAAUGGCAUCUGGAGUAAAAGUCGCUGAUCAAGUGAAGGACCUCUACAAUGAGAUGAAAGUAGUGAAAAAUGAUGCUGAUCAGAUGGAUCGUAUAAGACUGGUGGUAUUUAAAAUCGGCAACGGUCUCAUUGACAUGGAGAAAAUUUUCCGGCAAAAGGAAAUGGAGGACACAGAUGUAUUCAAGUUCUUUGUGGGUCUGCUGAAGCCGGAUGAGUGCCGCUACAUGCUGUAUGACUGCCACUUUGAAACCAAGGAAUCACUUAAAAAGGAAGAACUGGUCUUUGUGAUGUGGGCGCCUGAAAAUGCACCUGUCAAAGAAAAAAUGAACUACGCUAGCUCAAAAGAAUCCAUGAGGAAGAUCUUGACAGGUAUCAAACAUCAGCUGCAGGUAAAUGACCUUGCAGAUUUGUCCAACAGGGAUUCGUUUGCAGCAGAAAUGGGGAAAGAUAUAGUCACGCUUGAGGGCCACGCUGUGCAGCCUGCCUCUAAAUCAAAGUCAAGUUAAGAGGAUUUGAGAUGAUAACACCAAAGUUUCCAAACCAAUUUUGCUUUGAACCAAUCCAAAAAAAAAAAAAAAAAAAAAAAGCUUAAAGAGAAGAGUUGGGCUCUGGAUGGGAUUAGAUUCCUGUAACACAAACCUUUAAUGUUUAAUGUCCAGUCAGCACCAGUUUGGCUGUGAAAUCAAUCUCAUUCAGAUUUAAUUGUAUUCAUUAUUUGACAUAUCCAUAUACACUGAUACUAUUUUGUGUCAUGUGACUCUUGGUACAUUUAGACUUCUCAUAUCAGUAAUUUGCUGUUUUUAUGUACAUACAUGCUGUUUGAAAAGUUUACUGGGUCAAAAAUAGCUGGGCCUAUAAGUUCGAUAAAUGUGUUUUUCUAGACUGUUACACUUUGAUGGAAACCUGUAAAGACUUUUGCAAAGAAAAAAAAAACAAAUGUUUCAAUGAAAAUGCAGCAGUCGGUGCACUGUCUGAGUAUUGUCAAAUAAAUUCAAUGCAAUCA